AGAAGAAGUUGGACAAAUUCGUUGAGAACUCCGAUAGUUCUGAUUGAUUUACGGAACUAUUAACUCAAACGGCUCGGUUCAAUCCGUAUUUGUAGCUGGGAAGCAUGAAAUACACGACGAUAAUCGAGAAUGUCUGCCAACCUCCCGGGAGUCACAGCAAAGCUGGGAAGCUGUUCAAGCCAUCAGAAAUUUGGACGAUUUCCUCUUUCCUGUCCCGGUCCCCGUUUUUACAAACCCUAUCCAGGUGUAAAAUCGAUUCAGAUACAGAAUUCUUGUCGGUUUCCGAUGAUCCGCAGAUUCAUCUGUUAAUCGAUUUCAAUGAAUCUAAGCUUGCUCGCAUGACACCGGAACUCGAGAAUAAAAUUCUUGACGAUUCGAUCGUUUCGCUUGGUGUCGAAGUUGUUGUAUAUCAGAGCAACCUGAGGCAAUUUCACUGUACUGGAUAACGCUUGAGCAGCUCCGAAAUCUUUUUAAGUCCCGAGACAGGCGACUGUGGUUUAAGGUCCUAAGUUCGUUAAUGUGUAAUUGUGACUAGGUUGAUAUUUAU